CAGUAAGGGUAUUGCAUUGCAUGUAUGUAAAAUCAGUUUAAAUUAAUGCUCAAUCAAAAGAAAGAGCUCAUUUGUGAAUAAUUACUUUCCAGUUUAGUUGCAUCAUUAGUAGUACACUUUUGAAUUAAAGUUUCAUUUGAUCUAAAGAUUCAUUUUGAGAUAAAAUUUCGACAGACGGAAAGAAGCGAUUUGCGGUGUGUACACAAAAUCCACAACAAAGGAAAUGACAUCAGUGGUGACAUUUGGUGAUGCGGAAAAUCAGUUGAUUGACGAGUGUUUUGAAUUUGCCAAAGCAUUGGUAAAAGAUGCCGGUGAACUGGUGAAAGAAGGGUACUCAAAGUCAAACGAUGAUUUGGGCAUUGUUGAAAAGGUCGCCAAAUGGGAUAUGGUUACCGACUAUGACAAAAAGACCGAAGCCUUUUUAAUUGGUGCUAUCAAAACCAAGUAUCCGGAUCACAAAUUCAUCGCUGAAGAAUCGGAAGCAACGAAUAGCGCAUUGACCGAAAAUCCAACAUGGAUCAUCGAUCCGAUUGAUGGCACCAACAAUUUUAUUCGUCACAUUCCAUUUGUUGCCAUUUCGGUUGCAUUUGUAUGGAAGAAAGAGAUUUGCAUUGGAAUUGUCUAUAAUCCAAUUUUGAAUGAUUUUUAUUCGGCACGCCUUGGAAACGGUGCCUUUUUGAAUGGCAAACAAAUUCAUUGUAAUAAAGUGGAAAAAAUUGAAGAUGCCACUCUCGGCCAUGAAGUCUCAUUUAUACGCGUACAAAAACAUCGUGAACGAAAUAUAAAACAAGUGGUCUCAUUUGCAUCAGCAGCACAAGGAUUUCGAUCAUUUGGCUCGUGCUGCAUUUCGCUAACAUUUGUGGCAAGAGGCACAUUGGAUGGCUAUCAAAUCAGUGAGCUAUUCGCUUGGGAUAUUGCAGCCGCUGUUUUAUUGAUCCGUGAAGCGGGCGGAUAUUGUUGUAAACCUGAUGGAUCGCCCAUUGAUCUUAACGAUCCAAAAUUAAUUUGUGGCGCAACCAAAGAGCUGUGCGAUGCAUUGAUCAAAUUGAAUAAAGAAGCUCUUGGAUUGUGAUUUUAAUAAU